ACUGAACGUACACAAGAAGAGUAAGAUCACAGUCUGCGAUAAGAACUAGCACAAUCGCCACCAAUCUAGAACCAGUCUUUCAGUAUGCAUCGCCGACACAGGGGUUCCCAGCUGGGCUUGCUGCUCCUAGCUUCUCAGCUCUUCCAAGUUGGUUUUGACAACAUCCCACCUGUCACCCUGGCAAUACUAGGAGUGAAUGUUUACCUUUACCUGUUUCCUGCAGCUCCACUUAUGCAGGCCUGUGUGAGCGUCCAUCAGGCAUACUGGUUAAAGGAUUGGCGCCGCCUCCUCCUGUCCCCACUGCACCAUGCAGAUGAUUGGCAUCUCUACUUCAACAUGGUUUCAUUUCUCUGGAAGGGUAUCAAGCUGGAGCGACGACUGGGUGGAGCCUGGUUCCUCUCUCUGCUCGUAGUCUUCUCUCUGCUUACUGGAUUGGUGUAUUUAGUGCUGGAGGCAGCACUCACGGAGCUAACCCAAGACCCAUCAUACAGCAUGCAGUGUGCUGUUGGCUUCUCAGGUGUCCUGUUUGCUCUGAAGGUAGUGAAUAAUCACUAUCACCCAGGGGGUGUGACCUAUGUCAUGGGAAUUGCUGUGCCCAAUCAUUAUGCUAGCUGGGUGGAGCUCAUACUGAUCCACAUAACUGCACCUGGGACCUCUUUCAUUGGCCAUUUGUCAGGCAUCAUUGUGGGUCUCCUCUACACCACUGGGCCACUGAAGGCCAUCAUGAUGACGUGUGCAGGGCUUGUGAUGUCAUUUGGAUACCACACCCAGCCACCGACAUACUACAGCUCAUCAGGUUCCACUGGUACAGGUGGCCGUUACUCUGGAGGCCAACCUCAAACAAGGGACUAUACAUCAAAUCACAUGGCGUCUUACACAGGUGGACUAACAGAGGAGGAGCAGCUGGAGGCAGCCAUCAGAAACAGUAUGAAUGACAGAGUGCGCACCAAUGAGAGGGGAGCUCCUCCUCCUUAUGGUUUCCAUGUGUCUGAGGAGCCGAUGACAGCUGACGAACUGAGGAGACGACGACUGACCAGGUUUGACAGAUGAAUAUGCACAUGAGUUGAUGAAGAGACAGAAGAGGGUUGAACAUAUGAGGUCUGCUCCAAAAUGUGCACGUGUGUGCAGCUGUCCAAAGAGUUGAAGUUUUAUCAUAAAAGCUGCAUUGAUACCUAAUAAAUUGUUGCUUUGAAGGACAGUUCUGUGACACAGAGGAUCUCUGUCUUUCUCAUAUGCAAAUUCAUUUGGACUUUUUUGUUGUUGUUGUUUUAAACACCAUUUGUGCCAGAAUAGUGAAUCCAGUUGUUUCUUUAGGAGAUGGCCACAUUGUUUAAAUUAAACUUUCCACCUAUCUCCAAGAACGUAAUGGGACAAUCACAAGUAUAAAGGGGAAGAAAAAAAUUUGGUAUCGACCAGGAUACUCAUUAAUAGGACUGUAUUAUGGCCAUUGUGAGUUAAAAAGAAAGUGGUGGGUAUUUUGA